GAGCGGAGCCGGUGGGAGAGCGAGCAAGAGGCCGGAAUGGCAGCGGCGGUGAGAGUUGUCGGCCGGAUCUGGAGCGCGGGGUAAUGUGCUUAUCUGUGGAGGAGCUGCUUGAAGCUGGUGAAUGAGGAUCAUGUUUGUGCAUAAAUGAUUGCCAUAUGCUUCUUUUGAAGAAGUAAGCCCUCAGGUGAUAAAGAUGUUCAGUGCCAGCCAGUCCUCCAAGGCUCAGUUCCUGGACAAAGCCAGGCAGGCUCGGGAGGAGAGGAGGGAGCUGAAGGAGAGGGAGCGCGCCGCUGUCCAGCUCCAGGCUUUGGUCAGGAGGUUUCUCUGUCGAUGUCGCCUGCAGAGGGAGAUAAGGAGAGAAGUGGAGGAUUUCUUUGGGGCCGCUGAGUGUGGCUCAAGUAAAAGAAGUGCUCUUGCCACCUUCAGAAUUGCUAGGAAACUCCUCUUUGUGUUUCACCUUAAAGAGGACAAAGAGAGGUUUGAAAAGCUGUGCCGGUGUAUCCUGACCAGCAUGGAUGUUGAGAAUGAGCCCAAGGUGUGGUAUGUGUCCCUGGCUCUCUCCAAGGACCUGACACUCUUGUGGAUCAAACAGAUCAAAGACAUUUUGUGGUUUUGCUGUGAGUUUCUCAAGCAGCUUAAGCCUGACAUCUUGCAAGACUCCAGGCUGGUCAAUUUGCACCUCACAAUGCUUGUCACCUUCACAGACACUUCUACCUGGAAGAUCCUUAGGGGGAAAGGUGAGACCCUGAGGCCUGCCAUGAACCACAUCUGUGCAAACAUCAUGGGACAUCUGAACCAGAAGGGAUUUUAUUCUGUGCUGCAGAUUUUGCUAACUAAUGGCUUGGCAAGAUCCAGACCUUCCUUGUCCAAAGGCUCCCUGACUGCCAUCUUCUCCCUCGCCCUGCGCCCUGUGGUUGCUGCUCAGUUUUCAGACAAUCUGCUGAGGUCAUUCCUGAUCCACAUCAUGUCUGUGCCUGCUAUGAUGACUCAUCUGGCUACACUAACACCUGAGCGCCUGGCGGUGCUGGAAUCUCACGACCUGCUCCGCAAGUUCAUCCUCUUCUUGAGUCGGGAGGCACACUGUGGAGAUGUCUGCAUGUGCUUGGAAGGAAGCCACACUCUCUGCCUGCUAGGCAAUCUUGUGUACCUGGGCUCCAUGAAUGACAAAGUUCUUGAGGAGGAGACAGCUCAUUUUGUGGGUGUGCUCAUUCACAUGCUCUCCUACUGCCAGAAGUAUGUUUCACAGAAGAAAUCCAACCUCACCCACUGGCAUCCUGUUCUGGGCUGGUUUUCACAGACUGUGGAUUAUGGAUUGAAUGAGUCCAUGCCUCUGCUGACAAAGCAGCUGCAGCACCUCUGGGGAGUCCACAUGAUCCGCAUCCUCUUCAGUGAUGUGCUCAGCAAGAAAUUGCUGGAGAACCAGGACACAGCUCAGCUGCCAGCACAACCAGUUUCCCCCCAGAACAGCCUUCCUAUGAAGAAUCUAUUCAAGAGGGCUUUCCAGAAGUCUGCAUCUGUCCGCAACAUCCUGAAGCCUGUCGGCGGCAAGCGGGUGGACUCGGCUGAGGUGCAGAAGGUUUGCAGCAUCUGUGUCCUGUACCAAACCACCCUCACCACCUUGACACAGAUCCGCCUCCAGAUACUCACAGGCCUCACUUACCUGGAUGACCUGCUGCCCAAAUUAUGGGCUUUUAUCUGUGAGCUGGGACCACAGGGUGGGUUAAAACUCUUCUUGGAGUGCCUGAAUAAUGACACAGAGGAAUCCAAGAGGCUGUUGGCCAUGCUGAUGCUCUUCUGCGACUGCUCCCGCCACCUGAUCACGAUUCUUGAUGACAUCGAGGUCUAUGAGGAGCAGAUUUCAUUCAAGCUGGAGGAGCUCGUCACCAUCUCCUCUUUCCUGAAUUCCUUUGUGUUCAAGAUGAUCUGGGAUGGAAUUGUUGAGAAUGCCAGAGGGGAGACCCUGGAGCUGUUUCAUUCUGUCCAUGGCUGGCUCAUGGUGUUGUACGAGCGGGACUGUCGCCGGCGUUUCGCUCCGGAGGACCACUGGUUACGCAAGGACCUCAAACCCAGCGUGCUCUUCCAGGAGCUGGACAAGGACAAGAAGAGAGCCCAGCUGCUGCUGCAGUACAUCCCACACGUCAUCCCCCACAAGAAUAGGGUGCUGCUGUUCCGGAACAUGGUCACCAAGGAGAAGGAGAAGCUGGGGCUGGUGGAAACCAGCUCCGCGUCGCCCCACGUCACGCACAUCACCAUCCGCCGCUCACGCAUGCUGGAGGAUGGAUACGAGCAGCUCCGGCAGCUUUCCCAGAACGCCAUGAAGGGAGUGAUCAGAGUCAAGUUUGUGAAUGAUCUGGGGGUUGAUGAGGCUGGGAUCGAUCAGGAUGGUGUCUUCAAAGAGUUUCUGGAAGAGAUAAUCAAGAAGGUGUUUGACCCUGCACUCAACCUGUUCAAGACAACCAGUGGUGAUGAGAGGCUGUAUCCAUCCCCAACGUCCUACAUUCAUGAGAACUACCUGCAGCUCUUUGAGUUUGUGGGGAAGAUGCUUGGCAAGGCUGUGUAUGAGGGCAUAGUUGUGGAUGUGCCAUUUGCUUCCUUCUUCUUGAGUCAGCUCCUUGGGCACCACCACAGUGUCUUCUACAGCUCCGUGGAUGAACUUCCCUCCUUGGAUUCUGAGUUCUAUAAAAAUCUCACUUCAAUUAAGCGUUAUGAUGGUGAUAUCAGUGACCUGGGCUUAACUCUGUCCUAUGAUGAAGAUGUGAUGGGUCAGCUGGUUUGCCAUGAGCUUGUUCCUGGAGGGAAGACCAUUCCUGUCACCAAUGAAAAUAAGAUCAGCUACAUCCACCUGAUGGCUCACUUCCGGAUGCACACCCAGAUCAAGAGCCAGACAGCAGCCCUCAUCGGCGGGUUCAGGUCCAUCAUUAAGCCCGAGUGGAUUCGGAUGUUCUCGGCGCCGGAGCUGCAGCGCCUGAUCUCCGGUGACAACGCUGAGAUCGACCUGGAGGACUUGAAAAAACACACGGUGUACUACGGGGGCUUCCAUGGGAGUCACCGGGUCAUCAUCUGGCUGUGGGACAUCCUGGCCAACGACUUCAGCCCCGAGGAGCGAGCCAUGUUUCUCAAGUUUGUUACCAGCUGCUCCAGGCCUCCGCUUUUGGGCUUUGCCUACCUCAAGCCUCCUUUUUCCAUCCGCUGCGUGGAAGUCUCUGAUGAUCAGGACACGGGGGACACCCUGGGCAGCGUGCUGCGGGGCUUCUUCACCAUCCGCAAGAAGGAGCCGGGCGGGCGCCUCCCCACCUCCUCCACCUGCUUCAACCUCCUGAAGCUUCCCAACUACAGCAAGAAGAGCAUCCUGCGGGAGAAGCUGCGCUAUGCCAUCAGCAUGAACACUGGCUUCGAGCUCUCCUAGCUGCCCUGGCCCCGCUCUUGCUGCCGGGGAGCUCCCAGAGCCGCUGCCGGAGGUGGAGGCCUUGGCGCGCGCAGGGGCGGAUCGGCUCCGCCGGAGCUGGCUGCUCGCUCGAGGGCUGGAAGAAGAAGCUGCAGCUGAUGCUAGAGGUUUACAGGGAAGAGCUUCUAGGCUGCAAGACAGGGCUGGCUCUUCUUUGGGCAUCGCUCCAGCGGGGAGGAGGUGAUGGGAGCCACCCUGUGACACUUCGCUCCACGCCCACGUCAAUCCUCUUCAAAAGCAAAGCCCCGGGGGAGCAUCGAAGGCACAUUGGAAGUGCCAGUCAGAUUAGUGACCAUAAUAGUUCCCAGCAGGCUGGGCAGCUGCUGCUGGGGGAGUCUUUUUCUUUUCCCUUUCCCAGGAGAUGAUGAUCCAGUUCCUCACUGGGUGGAAGUCAAGUCUGUGGGAAGCUUCCCAAAGGCAGACCCAUGAGAGAGCUCCACAAGGAGAAGCUGUGGUGUUGGCGGUGCCCCAACUGGGCACAGUUUACUCAGGACAGGUACUGUGGGGGGGAGGGGGGCCUGCCCCUUGCCCUUGCUCUUUUGUUCAUCUCAGAGAAGCAAGCACUUGCCCAGGGUCAAGAAGCAGCAGGUUGAAGGCAGGUAGGUGGACCCUGACCACUCUCAGGAAGGUUUUGGAGUGCUGCAGGUUAAGGGCUGAAGAAGGAGUUUGUGGGGGGGAGGUGGGGGGGCAGCAUGCUGAGCCAGCUGUGUCUGCCAAGCCUGUGCUCUGGACAGAAGGGAUUGCUCUCUGCUUUUGCUCAGGAGCAGAAAAAAAGUGUUUGAUUUGUGUUUAGUUUUGCAGAGGACAGGAGCUGGCAGGCAGCUCGGGCAGCCCUGGUUGCCCAGCACAGUGCUCAA